AUGUCGACCCUGAUCAGAAAAGUGAUCAACACCAUGAAAGGCCCAGGGGCCAUUGGUCCAUACAGUCAAGCAGUGUUAGUGGACUGGAACAUUUACAUCUCUGGACAGAUAGGCAUGGACUCUUCUAGUGGAAAGCUUGUGCCAGGAGGGGUAGCAGCAGAGACUAAACAAGUUCUUACAAACAUGGGUGAAAUUCUGAAAGCUGCAGGCUGUGACUUCACUAAUGUGGGCAAAGCAACUGUUUUGCUGGCUGACAUGAGUGACCUCAACACUGUCAAUAAAAUCUACAAAGAAUGUUUCAAGAGUAAUUUUCCUGCUUACCAGGUUGCUGCUUUACCCAAAGGAGCAGGCAUCGAGAUUGAAGCAGUAGCUGUCUAA